UUAUUCAUCCUGGUAUAGCUAUUUAGAACUAAUGGCUUCUGACCAGACUCGGAGCAUUUUUAUUUAAUAAUCUAAUUUAUAGUCAAUAAAACUGGGGGAAAAAAUACAGUGUUUGAAUAUAAACCUUAAGAAGGCGCAACAAGUUAAAUAGAAGAGUAAUAAUUAUGAGUAUUAGAGGGUCAAGAAGCAAAUGUUAUUUAACUAGUGAAUAAGCCAAAGUAAUUAUUGUUGGAAUGUUCACUUUGCGAGCCCCUGUUAAUAAUAAAAUACCAGGAGGGUGGAUUUUAGAUCUUCUCGGAUAGAUGUGGAGGAAGUAGUGUGUGGUAGCUAGCUAUUGUUGCCAUCAAAUUAUUCCAGAACUUAACAGCUGAACCAGUGUUCGUUAUCUCACAGUUUCUGUGGGUCAGAGAUCCGGGCUCAGUUUCACGGUGUCUCCCGCUCUAGUUGUAGUCAGUGUGUUGAGUGCUCAUCAGAGCCUCCCUCAGCUCCGGGCCACAUGGCAGCUGGCUUCCCUCACUCAGAGUGAGUGAGAAAAUCAGGGUGUGAGAGAUGGUGCCCAAGACAGAACCCACAGACUAUCUGUUACCUCAUCUCCGAAGUGAUCCCAGCACCUCGGCUACCUUCUGUUCGCUGGAAGGUAGACGACUGCGCCCACACUCCGAGAGAUGAGAUUACACCAGUGUGAAUAUCAGAACUCCUAGGUCUUUGGGGUCAUCCUAUCGGCUGCCUGCCUCAUAGCUCCUUCCAGUUACUCUUUUAAAUGACCACAGAUGAUAAAAUAUGAAUUUUCUUUUUUUAAAAAAAGAUUUUAUUUAUUUGAGAGUGAGUGAGUGAGAGAGAGAGUAUGAGCAGGGAGGGAGAGGCAGAAGGAGAAGGAGAAGCAGAUUCCUUGCUGAGCAGGGAGCCCCAUGAGGGGCUCCAUCCCAGGACCCUGGGAUCAUGACCUGAGCCGAAGGCAGACGCUUAACCAACUGAGCCACCCAGGCACCCCCAUAAGUCAGUUUAAUUUAUGAAUCAGGAUCAGAACUCUUGAUAAAUAAUGCUCUCCCACCUCCAUCAAGCUUCGCUUUGAUUCUUAGUUAUAUUGACAUCAUAGCAAGUGAGAACCAUUUGGGAAGUGUGAAUUGAAUGGCUCUGCUGGUUUAUUGGCAGUUAAAUGGGUAAAUUCAAUGUCAGAUUUUAAAAACCGUUCUAAUUUCCCACCAAUAGAUAAAUGAGGGCAGCUUGUGAUCAGUUUCCUUAACUGCUUUUGUGAUCCGGCAGCCUCAGGGACUCUCUUACUCAAGUGCCGUUCUCUACGGUGCGCACUUCCCCUCCUCUUCGUGCUCUGAUUUGCCCUUGCCUGGUGCCAAGCACAGCUUCUGUGGGACCAGGUUUUCCCCAAAACCCACAUGUCCUAACAUCUCUCUCACUGCUUAGAUAUGUUUGGGACGACAGAAGAGGAGAAACCAUUGAAACUGGGAGAGUGAAGAUCUGCUAAAGGGGCAGUAGCGAGGGAGCUGGGGGGCGGGUAGAAGCCACGAGAGAGGGAGAAAUGAAGCAGGAGAAAUAGUACCAGUCAGAGCUGGGUUUUCACGUAAGGUCAUGCAGAAUUUAUAUCAGGAAAAAGGUUGAAAUAGAGUUUGACAUGACUCAUUUUUGGCAAUUGGCUCUCUGUGCAUAGGAUGGUGUUAAUAACAAUCGUCCACCCUGAAGGGAAAUCGCAUGUUUGGGCAUUCAUUCAUCAGGCGUAUAUUGAGUCCUUAUGUGGCAGGCAAAAUGCUGAGUGCUGAGGAUGGAUGGAGCUGUAGCUAUAGCUAAACAACAUGCCGUCAUCACUGUCAGAAGUUUCUAUAGGGAGGACAGUUGAAUAACAGAAGACACUGAUCAGUUGACUCAUAGUUCUGUGUAUAGUUUCAUGAGAGUGCUCAGUUGCUUAAGGAGGGUCAGAGAAGAUCUGCCUACAGAGGAAGACUUGAGUCGAGUCUUAGAGGAGGAAUAAGUGCUGCCCAGAUGGUCUAGGUGGGAAAGAAUGUUCCCGGCAGAGGAAACUAUGUCAGAGGCAAGAAUAUGGUAUGUUCUUUACAGGUACCUUGGUGUGGCUGGAUACAAGAUAUGAGAUAGAAGGAGAUAAACUGGAAAAGGAGGCAGAGCAAUGUCUGGAGGGGUCCCAUAAGUGGUUUAUGUUGCUGGUGAGGGGAAGCCCCAAAAGGUCUUUACCCGAGCAUGGCAUCAUGGUCAUAACUGCAUUUCAGAAGUCCUUGAUUUUAGAAUGAAUUGGUGAAGAACAGAUAAAAAAGGGACAAGACUGAAGGCAGGGUGACCAGGGAAUGGACUAUUGCAGUAGGCCAGGUAAGAGAUGAUGGGAGGAAGGGAUGGAUUCCAGAGGCAUUUAAGAAGCACAAUUGAUGGAACUUGGAGAUGGAUUGGAUAGAUAGGAUGAGGAGAAAAGAGUUGAGAACAAUUCUAGUACACCUUAGACCAUUGGACAGAUUAUAGUAGUUACCUCUGAUGAUUGAGAGUGGUGUGUUGGGAGAGGAACUUUGACUUUUUGUUUUAUUCAUCUUCUUAUUGCUUGUUUUUUGUUUGUUUUACAUGGAGCAUGCAUUACUAUAUUUUUACCUGAAGCAUGCAUUACUGUAUUUUUUUAAGGGGGGAUGUUUAAUUCAAGAAAACCAGUAGCUGCUUGGCAAUGACUAGGUCUAACCUCAGACUUUUCAAAUGGUUCUUUUUCUCUUAUGAGUCUCACUGCAGGUUAGGGUCAUCAUUUAAAUAAACUUUGAGAGGAAAAUUAAUUCCUGUCAUUUCCUUUUUUAAAUUUAAAUUUAAAAUGAAUACACAUUUUUUUAAAGUAGUUUUGUUUUACAGAAAAAAUGAUUGGAAAGUACAGAGCUCCCACACAGCCCAUCCUCUGCGGCACACAGAUUCCACUGUUGUUUAUAUCUUGUAAUCGUGAGGUCAUUUGUUAGAGUUGAUGAUCUAGUAUUAAUACACUAUUAUUAACUCCAGUCCAUAGUGUACAUUGGGGUUCAUUUUUUGUAUAUUCUUUGGGUUUUGAAAAAUGUAUAAUGUCAUGUGUUCACCAUUUUUGUAUCAUACACAGUGAUACAGACUGAUCUCACUGCCCUAAAAAUCCCCUGUGCUCUACUUGUUCACCCUUUUCUCCCUGCCCCACGAUUCCUUGGCAACCACUGAUCUUUUUACUGUCUCCAUUGGUUUCCAGAAUGUCCUGUAAUUGGAAUCAUACAAUAUGUAGCCUUUUCAGAUUGGCUCCCUUCAUUUAGCAAUAUGCGUUCAAGAGUCUUUCAUGUCUUUUGGGGCUUGAUAGCUCAUUUCUUUUUAAUGCCGAGUAAUAUCCCAUUGUCCAGAUGUACCACGGUUUAUUUGUCCACUCACAGGAUGACAUCUUGGUUGCUCCAAGUUUCGGCAAUUAUGAAUAAAGCUGCUAUAAACCUCCCUGUGCGAGUUUUUGUGCGGACACAAGUUUUCAACUCAUUUGCUUAAAUACAAAGGACAGCUGAUGGAUCAUAUAUGACAAGAGUAUGUUUCGUUUUGUGAGAAGCUGCCAUACUGUUUUCCAGAGUGGCUGUACCAUUUUGCAUUCCCACCAGCAAUGCAUGGAAGUUCCUAGAGUUGCUCCACAGCCUUGGCAGCAUUUGGUGGUGUCAGUAUUUUGGAUUGGGGCAUUCUCAUAGAUAUUGAUGGUUUGGAAGGCAAGGUCAAGGAGACAAUGCACAAUGCCUUUUGGGACCAUCUCAAAGAGCAAUUGUCAGCUACUCCCCCAGACUUCAGUUGUGCUCUUGAACUUCUGAAAGAAAUUAAAGAGAUCCUGCUCUCACUGCUCUUACCGCGCCAGAGCCGCCUACGGAGUGAGAUUGAAGAAGCGCUGGACACGGAGCUCCUCGGGCGGAAAGCAGAACACGGGGCCCUCAAUGUCCCUCUUGUCUCUAAGUACAUUCUUGACAUGAUGACUCUGCUGUGCGCACCAGUUCGAGACGAAGCCGUGCAGAAGCUAGAGAACAUUACAGACCCUGUUCGGUUACUGAGAGGGAUCUUCCAGGUUCUGGGCCUGAUGAAAAUGGACAUGCUGAACUAUACUAUCCAGAGCCUUCAACCCCACCUGCAGGAACAUUCCAUCCAGCAUGAACGGGCGACAUUCCAGGAACUCCUCAAUAAACAGCCAAGCCUCCUUGACCACACCACCAAGUGGCUGACCCAAGCGGCUGCAGACCUCACCACGCCACUUCCGACUUGCCUGGACGCGUCCGACUCCGCCACUGUGGCCUGCUCCUCUCCAAACGAGGCAGUCGGCAGCCCAGAGCCCCUCAGCCCUACGAUGGUGCUGUCCCAGGGGUUCCUGAACCUCCUUCUCUGGGACCCUGCAAAUGAAGAGUUCCCUGAGACGCUGCUGAUGGACAGGACCCGGCUGCAGGAGCUGGAGUCCCAGUUGCACCAGUUGACCGUCCUGGCCUCAGUUUUGCUGGUGGCCAGCAGUUUCUCUGGCAGUGUUUUGUUCGGCUCACCUCAGUUUGUGGAUAAGCUGAAACGCGUAACCAAAAACCUGAUGAAGGAGUUUGACUCCAGGCCUGAAGAGGCUAUGCAGACUGUGAGUGAACAGGUGUCUCAGGAAAUCCAUCAAAGCCUCAAGAACAUGGGCCUGGCUGCUCUGAGCAGUGACAACGCAGCAUCUCUGAUAGGACAGCUCCAGAACAUUGCCAAGAAGGAGAACUGUGUCCGCAACGUCAUUGAUCAGCGGAUCCAUUUGUUUCUCAAAUGCUGUCUGGUCCUCGGUGUGCAGCGAUCCCUGUUAGACCUCCCCGGAGGCCUUACUGUCAUUGAAGCAGAACUGGCAGAACUGGGCCAAAAGUUUGUCAGCCUAACGCAUCACAAUCAGGAGGUGUUUGGCCCCUACUACACAGAGAUCCUAAAAACCCUCAUCCCUCCAGCCCAGGCCCUGGAAACCGAGGUGGAGUCUCUGUGAAUGUACCGGCUCCAAGCCUGGCCCGUCGGACCCAGGAGAGAGCUCGGCAUUCUCCUGGGGUGACCUCACCAGUGAAACAUCAGAGCAGGAAGCCUCCUCCCCUCCCGUAGCCGGUACACCAGGGCUGAAGUGAGCAGCAUGUCAGCACCAACUGGCCCAAACUCAUUCACUAAUAAACUUCUGAACUGCAAGCAAACCUCCACUCUUCCUGUGCCGUGGCUGUGUCUGGGCCCUGUGCUCUGGGCCCCUAACUAGCCAAGAAGCCAAAAGACCCCCAGUCUGCCCCCACGGGCUAGGUGCUCACUUCAGCAUGCAGAGCUGAGAAGCCAAGACACCUGGGUGCUAGCAUUAUUUCUCUAAGGGUAAAGCAUUUCUCUGAGGGCUCCGAGAAGCCUGUAGAACUAUCCAAAGUGUGAGUAGAAGGGCUUCUCUGGAAGUCAGAAUUUCGUUUUGUCCAGUUCAGCUUGGGUUUGGGCAUGGUCGAAAAAAGUUCUUAGAAACUUCACUUCUAGGACCAAAUUCCCCUGAAGGUUUCAAAUGAUACAGCAGGCAAUCAGGAAAUAGUAAGAGCCUCAGCUGCUGCU